UCUGCCAUGCCACUGUGACCGCGGCAGUCCUGGCUGGCUUGUGUCGGGUGGGAAGUACCUUAUUUCAGAACGGACUGUGAAGGUGUAGGACGGAGUUCACAAUGCGCCUCCAGACCCGAGCGACUACAGGAGUUCUGUGCUCUCCAAAUUUACGAGAGAGUCUCGUUGGGAAACGCCUUUGGUUUGCAGCUCGCAUCAGAUCGUUGAGGUGUGCUGAAAGUAGCAGGAGAGGAGGCCAGGCGGUAAGAGGUAUCAGCACCUUGACGCGGAGUAUCUAUCAGGGGCCGAGCGAGCCACCUCUGCUGCCACACACCAUCCCUGAGCAUUUCGCUUCCGUCGUCUCGCAGUUUGGGGACAGGCCGGCAGUCAUUUGUCGCUCGCCGACCGCAGGCCGUGAUGCGCUACCAAACGUAGCCCCAGACGGGGUCCCAGCUGCUGUGGAAACGACACUUAGUUACGAGAAACUCGACCUUGCAUCCAAUGCGCUAGCCCACUCGCUGCGUUCCCUGGGUGUUAGGAAAGGGGAUCGUGUGGCUGUGAGCUUGGGCAACAACGCCGAGUUUGCAGCUUUGACGUAUGCCGUCUUCAAGCUUGGCGCCAUCCUCGUUCCGCUGAACCCGGGAUUCAACGUCAAGCAAAUCACAGCCGCCCUGAACCAUCUCGCCGUCAAGCUCCUGAUUAUUGGGGCCGUGACGGACCUCGCCUACAAGCCCUGCCGUGGGCGGAGCAACUUACCCCUUCUACAAGCGAUCGUUCCGGACCUCGAGUGCGGGCGUGUGGAAGCUCCCGAGAUCCCAACCCUCAAGACGAUCGUCCUUGUCGACAACUCGGCAUCCCACCCCUUGAGUGACUUUCCGCCUCUCGCCUCCCUUCGCUCACUCACCUCCUUUACGUCCCUCAUCCCAGACCUUAGUGCUAUCCGCACGUCAUCUACCUACGCCGCUCGCCCCGUCACACCGGACUCACCACUCUCCGUAACCGAAACAAUCAAUAUCCAGUUCACUAGCGGGACGACAUCCCAUCCAAAAGCGGCCAUGCUCUCCCACACCAGCAUCCUCAACAACGGCGCGCUAAUCGCCCACCGCAUGGGGCUCGACCCGUCCGAUCUCAUCGUCUGUCCGCCGCCCCUAUUUCAUUGCUUCGGCUCUGUAUUGGGAUACAUGGCGACCGCCACCACUGGGGCAGCCAUCCUCUUCCCUUCACCAGCCUUCGAUCCCCUGGCAACGCUGCGCAUGGCAGCCGCCCACCAGGCUACGGGGCUCUACGGCGUCGCGACAAUGUUCGUCGCCAUGUUCGAGCUGCUGCACCAUCGCCACCUCCCGCAGGAGCAGAUCGAUGCCUUCCCGACUCACCUCCGGAAGGGCAUCGCGGCGGGCAGCUCGGUGCCGGAGUCUCUGAUGCGGAAGCUGUAUGCUACGCUGGGCCUGCGGGACCUGGUGAUCUGCUACGGCAUGACCGAGACGAGCCCCGUGAGCUGCAUGACCAGUCCCGCGGACCCGUUCGAAAAGAGAACGCGGUCGGUGGGGAGCGUGAUGCCGCACACGCGGGUCAAGAUCGUCGAUCCUGCCGACCGGAGCAAGGUCCUCCCUGUGGGCGAGCGAGGCGAGCUGGCUGCGGCCGGAUACCUGGUUAUGAAGGGGUAUUGGGGCGAUGAAGAGAGGACGGCCGAGGUGAGGAGCGUAGAGAAGGAUGAGGAGGACGCAGAUAGGGAGGUGGUCUGGCUGUAUAGCGGGGAUGAGGCCAGCAUGGAUGCUGAUGGGUAUGUGGAGAUUACGGGGAGGAUCAAGGACCUGAUCAUUCGUGGAGGCGAGAACAUUCACCCGUUGGAGAUCGAGAACUGUCUGUUCCAGCACCCGCUGGUGGCCGAGGUCAGCGUGGUGGGUGUCCCGGAUGAGAGGUACGGGGAGAGCGUGGGCGCAUUUGUCAUCGCCCAUGAGGGCGUCGAGGCCGAGGGCGAGGUGGCCAAGCCGGGAGGUGAAGGCACGGGAGAGGUGUUGACCAAGGAGAUGGUCAGGGAGUGGGUCAGAACGCAUCUGUCGAGCCACCUGGUGCCGAAGCAUGUCUGGUUCGUGCGCGAGUACCCCAAGACGGCGAGCGGCAAGAUCCAGAAGUUCAAGCUGAGGGAGACGGCAAAGCAGCUGAUGGAGGCCGGGAGGUGAGGUAGCCUAUGCCUUUGGCGGACAACAUCAU